CCGUUUAUCGACAGUCUCGCGUUUCGAUCAAUCAAUAAGAGCGAAUGGAAAUGCACUGCAAUUGUCAGCAAUUGUGUACGAUUAUUAUCGUACUUCAUGCUUUACAGAUAUUGCAGUUUAUGUCGCGGUCGUAAACAUUUUCAGCAUUAUCGAUACACGUUGCGCUCCAUUUCUCUAUAUCGAUUUUGUUCGUGUUUUAGUUCGAGUCGGUUCAAGUUGCACGGUAUGGCGUGAGUUUUAAUUGUAGGUUAUGUCGCAGGUCGGUGAUUUUGCAAGUUCUUUCGUACGACAACGAAAUGUGACGAUUGAAUUCUUUUUAUAAUGCUUGUUUAUACGCGAUACGUCAGUUAAUUUGAAUCUACGUUGAAAUUAUGUCAUACGUUUUAUUGUAAAUAGUUUUACUCGUUAACCGGUCGAUCGAUCUGUUAAAAUACAUAAGUGUAGGUUCGCGUUAAGUUUAAUACUUGUUCUUAAUAUCUUGCAAAAAUGGAUGAUCAAGCUUGUCCAAGAUGCAAGACUACCAAAUAUCGGAAUCCAUCGUUGAAAAUGAUGGUAAACGUUUGCGGACACACUUUGUGUGAAAGCUGUGUAGACUUGUUGUUUCUUAAAGGUUCUGGAUCUUGCCCAGAAUGCAGAAUUCCUUUACGUAGAGCAAAUUUUCGUGUACAAUUGUUCGAGGAUCCGAUGGUAGAGAAAGAGGUAAACAUAAGGAAGAGGAUACUUCGGGACUUUAAUAAAAAGGAAGAGGACUUUGGAUCUUUACGAGAAUACAACGAUUACUUAGAAGAAAUUGAAACAAUUAUAUAUAAUUUAACUAACGACAUUGAUGUAAUAGAAACAAAUAAAAAGAUAGACCAGUACAAGAAGGACAACAGAGAGCAAAUAACGAAAAGCAAAUCUAAACUUGGUAGAACUGAAUACGAGCUAGAAGAAAUGAUAGAGUUGGAGAAGCAGAAGGAAGAGGAGAGAAGGAUGGAAUUGGUUAAAGAAGAAAUGGAAGCUAAAAAGAAAAAGAUUCGAGAGAAGGAAGCACUGAUAGAUGAACUUACAUUUUCUGAAGGAAAUGCAAAAAAUAUCGUAGAAACAUUUGCAUCUGCUAUACAAGCAUCUAAAAAGGAAACAAAAGCGGUAACUUCUAAAGUUACUCAGUUUAGCACAGGAAUAAAGUUUGGCAACCAAGGAACUCAGAAUUAUAUGUCUGUGCCAAAAAUCGACGAAGGACCUUUGUACUCUUACACUCCUAUUCGACAAUCAACCGAUGGCCCAACACCACCUGGUUGGCGAGAACUGCAAGCUCGUGGUUACGUUGCUUACGUACGUGGUGAAUCUUCUUCCGAAAGGGCAGGUGGAUUCAAGGCACAUGUUGCAUGUUUAAGGGCGUUACAAGAAGCUAUGGCUGGCUUAUACCAUAAUCCCUCGCAACAUCAAACAGAAUUUACAAGUGUAUAACUGUAUAGACUGUUUUAACGCCAAGGAAACUAUACCUAUAGUUUUGUACAUAGGCUAGUACUUUCCAAUUCUUCGAAUUGUCAUAUGCAACUCAGAAUUUCCGACUAAUUGUCGUUCAAGAAAUAUAUGCCAAGUUGAUUAAAUGCAUGUGAUAUAAUUACUAAUUACAGGUACACGUGCCUUGUGUAUUUAUCUAAUUUUUGUAUCGCAUAUAGCAUGAAAUGUAUACCAUGAAAAUUGUACAACUUCAGUACCUGGCCACUCAUCGAAUACCUACAAAGAAAAACCAUUUUUCCGUUUCCCCACAAAAUAAAAUUCAUUUUGUUAAAUCUUGUGAUAUACGUUAUCAUCUCUUAUGUUUUACGUACAUCCACCUUCUCAACGAUCGAUAUGUUAUAAAUUAUUUGUAUCGCUAUUUAUGAAAAUGUUAAUGUUGAAAUAUAACUUUCGUAAUUA